AAGUGCUGCGUGCCUUGUUUUUCAGGGAAGGACUAAAGUGAUACAAGCGGUCUGGUUGCUAUGGGGGCAGAGCGGAAGUGACGUUAGAAUUUGUUGACAGCGGAGCCCGAAGGAUGCCCUGUGAGCAGGAGGAGGAGGAUCGGCUGUGAGGACGGCCCGGAACCGAGCAGAAGGGACCGAAGCGGAACAUCGCGGAGCCCCCGGGGCACAUACAGGGUGAUCCGGGCCCGGCCUUCGGUACUGGACGGAUAGGAGGCUGCGGCACAUCUGACCGGGGAUUAGGAGAGCUGCACUUCAAUGUUCCAGAGAAGUUAACCUUGGAGAAGGGCAUCCGUCUAUUUGGUGCCCAUUAUAUCCAUCCAAUUUUCCUCUACAACAACGCACCAAGAUGGCGACAGACAGCCCAGAAUCUCUCAUGACCAUCUGCACCGACUUCUGCCUCCGCAACCUGAAGGGGACGCUCUGCUACCUCUUAGACAACGAGAUUCUCCGUCUACAUCCAGAUAUCUUCCUGCCCAGCGAAAUCUGUGACCGGCUAGUGAACGAGUACAUUGAGCUGGUGAACGCCGACAGCACUUUUGAACCCCACGAAAGUUUCUUCACUCUGUUCUCGGAGCCGCAGAGCACGCGACUCACCCGCCUGCAUUUAAGGGAGGACAUUGUCCAGGACCAAGAUCUGGAAGCGAUUGCUAAACAGGACCUGGUUGAACUGUAUCUUACAAACUGCGAGAGGCUGACCGCAAAGAGUCUACAGACCCUGGCCAAUUUCAAGUCCACCCUGGUGUCCCUAAGCCUCUUUGGCUGCAGCAACAUAUUUUUUGAAGAGGAGCACCUGGGCCGCUACGAUGACACUGACUGUCUGGUGAACCCCACCCGUCAGAUCCUGUCCCGGGACUUCACCUUCCAAGGUUUCCAACAGCUUCGCUUUUUAAACCUUGGCUGCAUCACCAAAGGGGUGGAUGUAGAGAUGAUGCUGCGCCCACUAGUUUGUCUUAAAGCUCUAAAUCUUUCGGGACUUCAGAUGAAUGACAUCAGCUUUCUGACUCAUUGGAAAGACACAUUGGUGUCUCUAAUCUUGUACAACAUGGACCUAUCUGAUGAACAUAUCCGAAUCAUUGUACAGCUACGGAAACUCAGGCACCUGGAUAUUUCCCGUGAUAGACUUUCAAGUUACUACAAGUUCAAACUCACCCGCAAGGUUCUAAACCUAUUUGUGCAGAACCUGGAUGACCUAGUAUCUUUAGACAUUUCUGGUCAUAUGAUGCUGGACAACUGCGCUAUGUCGAAGAUGGAUGACGAGUUGGGUCCUCCCAGCACUGACCCCAGUAAGAGCAGCAUCAUUCCGUUCCGAUCUUUGAAGCGGCCAUUACAGUUCCUGGGUCUUUUUGAAACAUCUCUCUGCCGCCUCAUCCAUAUCCCAGCUUACAAGGUGAGCGGAGACAAGAACGAGGAGCAAGUGCUGAAUGCCAUUGAAGCAUACACGGAGCAUCGUCCCGAGAUAACCUCCCGUGCCAUAAACCUUCUGUUCGACAUCGCCCGUAUAGAAAGGUGCAACCAACACUUGCGAGCCCUGCAGCUGGUGAUCGCAGCCUUGAAAUGUCACAAGUACGAUAAAACCAUCCAGGUUACCGGGAGUGCAGCCCUCUUCUACUUGACGAACGCCGAAUACCGCGGCGAGCAGAGUGUCCGGCUCCGGCGACAGGUUAUCCAGGUCGUGCUGAAUGGCAUGGAAUCCUACCAAGAAGUCACAGUGCAGAGGAACUGCUGCCUCACAUUAUGUAAUUUUGGGAUCCCCGAGGAGCUGGAGUUCCAGUACCAGAGAGUGAAUGAGCUGCUGCUGAACAUCCUCAUCCCCACCCGGCAAGACGAGUCCAUCCAGCGGAUCGCGGUUCACCUCUGCAAUGCUCUCGUCUGCCAGGUGGACAAUGACCACAAGGAGGCCGUGGGCAAGAUGGGCUUUGUCAUGACUAUGCUUAAGCUGAUUCAGAAGAAGUUACAGGACAAAACAUGUGACCAGGUGAUGGAGUUUUCCUGGAGCGCCCUAUGGAACAUCACAGAUGAGACCCCAGAUAACUGUGAGAUGUUCCUCAACUAUGGCGGCAUGAAGCUGUUUCUCGACUGUCUACGUGAAUUCCCAGAGAAGCAGGAACUGCAUCGUAACAUGCUGGGACUUUUGGGAAACGUGGCAGAAGUCCGCGAGCUGCGCCCCCAGCUGAUGACAUCACAGUUUAUUACUGUUUUUAGCAAUCUCCUGGAAAGUAAAGCUGAUGGGAUUGAAGUCUCCUACAACGCCUGUGGGGUGCUGUCACACAUAAUGUUUGAUGGUCCUGAGGCUUGGUUUAUUGCAGAACCCACACGCCAAGAGGUGGACGAACGCAUGUGGGACGCCAUUCAGAGCUGGGAUAUAAGCUCCAGAAGAAAUAUCAACUACCGGUCAUUUGAGCCAAUUCUACGGCUUUUGCCCCAGAGUGUUUCCCCUGUGAGCCAGCACUGGGCGACGUGGGCCCUAUACAAUCUUGUAUCUGUAUAUUCGGACAAGUACUGCCCCCUGUUGAUCAAGGAAGGAGGACUCCCUCUGCUGCUAGAUGUGCUCAAAAUGACCACUACACGCCAAGAAACCAAGGAUAUGGCCAGGAAAGUGAUCGAGCAUUGCAGUAGUUAUAAUGAAGAGAGUAUGGACACAUUACUAUAAGGAAGCUGAAGGCAGCCACAUGUAUCCUUCUGUGCCCCCCAACACCAAGAACACUUCUAUUCUACUGUGACACCAGGAGGGGGGGACGUGUGCACCCAGUACCACCAGACACCAGAAAGAAGUUACUUUGCACAAGAAACUAUUGUUAUUGGUGUUUUAUUUCUCUCCGUUUGGGUUGUUUCCUAGAGAAAGCUACGUCAGCAACCAAGUAAGCAAGACUAUAAUCCCAUUGGUAACCCUACAUCUGAUGUAGACUUCUAUAAAAGCCUCCGGGCGGGGGAUGUGGUAAACAAUGAAGCCACCAUGAAGACGGGCUCCUCGCACCUUACAGACAGCUACACUCCGUGAAUCUAGGUGAUAGAAAGAUCAAUGAGCCCUAUGUACUUCCACUUGUCACCAACCCUACCAUGGCCAUAGUUCUCCAGCCAAAAAGAAAUGGAAGAGCGCUCCGUAGCGUAAAAUCGCCAAUGUAAGGUUCAAACUAGUGUAGUGAGGAACUCUUACCAGAGGCGGUUGUGUGAACUCGCACACAACAAUAGUCAGCGUGAGUGAGUAAGUGCCUGGUCUGCAGCCUCCCCCGACUAUACGAGACAAGACAAGUGAGAACUUCCACAGAGCGGUGGGUGGAUAUCGGCGCUGACCAGGAUGAGACACGUCAUCCAGUGAGU